AUGGCUGAAGCCUCCCUAGAGCUCCGCCCGUUGGGCAACACUAGCCUUAAGGUCAGCUGCGUGGGCUUUGGCGCCUCCCCUCUCGGCAACGUUUUCGGGCUCGUCCACGAAUCCGACGCCAUCGCCGCCGUCCGCCGGGCUUUUACCCUCGGAGUCAACUUUUUCGACACCUCCCCGUACUAUGGGGGAACAUUAUCCGAAACAAUGUUGGGGAAAGCAUUGAAGGCUCUGGGAGUGCCUCGAACCGAGUACAUUGUAUCGACAAAAUGCGGGCGGUAUGUAGAGGGUUUUGAUUUUAGUGCCGCAAGAGUGACGAGGAGCAUUGAUGAGAGCCUAGAAAGAUUGCAGCUCGAUUAUGUUGAUAUCUUGCAGUGCCACGAUAUCGAGUUUGGCUCACUUGACCAGAUUGUGACCGAGACACUCCCAGCACUUGUUAAACUGAAGGAAUCGGGAAAGGUGAAGUUCAUCGGUAUAACAGGGCUUCCACUGGAAAUUUUCAGUUACGUUCUUGAUCGUGUGACACCUGGGACAGUCGAUGUAAUUCUCUCGUAUUGCCAUUACAGUGUAAAUGAUUCCACUUUGGAGGAUUUACUGCCUUACUUGCAGAGUAAAGGUGUCGGUAUAAUUAGUGCUUCUCCGUUAGCAAUGGGUCUUCUUACGGAAAGUGGGCCUCCCGAGUGGCACCCUGCUUCCCCCGAACUGAAGGCCGCAUGUCGAGCUGCUGCUGCUCAUUGUAAAGAGAAAGCAAAGAAUAUUUCAAAGUUAGCCAUGCAAUACAGCUUAUCUAAUAAGGAUAUCUCAACAAUCUUGGUCGGGAUGAACUCGGUCAAUCAGGUUGAUGAAAAUAUUGAAGCUGCACUUGAACUUGCGACUGCUGGAAGGGAUGAACAGACACUGUCAGAGAUCGAAGGCAUUCUAAAGCCCGUAAAAAAUCAGACAUGGCCUAGUGGCAUUCAGCGAGGUUGA